AAAGAGAAAGAUCUUCCGAGACCGAAGAGAUAAUUUUUUUAAGAGAAAACAACAUUUCUCCAACACGAAUUAAAGAAUAGAUAGGGUUCUCGAGGCUGGUUUUGGCAAUAUGGAACUGGAUAUUGAACUGUGAUUGAAGAAUGGGUGGAAUGUGAAUGCUUUAAGGGAUUGAAUUUUGCGUUGGUUUUAUUUUUUGAUGCCAAAGGGGUUUGUAUGUAAAAAAUGGAUGAUAUAGCAGGUUUGCAGGAAGCAGCAGGGUCUAGAUUUAGUCAAUUCGAGUUGAUUGGUAGAGGAGCCUUCGGCGAUGUCUAUAAGGCGUUUGAUAAGGAACUGAACAAAGAAGUUGCUAUUAAAGUUAUUGAUUUAGAGGAAUCUGAGGAUGAAAUUGAGGACAUCCAAAAGGAAAUCUCUGUUUUGUCACAAUGCCGCUGUCCAUACAUCACGGAGUAUUAUGGUUCCUAUCUUCACCAAACCAAACUAUGGAUAAUAAUGGAAUACAUGGCUGGUGGUUCCGUUGCUGACCUACUCCAGUCAGGCCCUCCACUAGAUGAAAUGUCGAUUGCAUGUAUCUCACGGGAUUUACUGCAUGCAAUUGAAUAUUUACAUAAUGAAGGAAAGAUUCAUAGAGAUAUCAAAGCGGCAAACAUUUUAUUGUCUGAAAAUGGUGAUGUUAAGGUUGCUGAUUUUGGUGUUUCAGCGCAAUUAACAAAGACGAUAUCAAGGAGAAAGACUUUUGUAGGAACACCUUUCUGGAUGGCACCAGAAGUUAUUCAGAAUACAGAUGGAUACAAUGAGAAGGCCGAUAUAUGGUCUUUGGGGAUAACUGUGAUUGAAAUGGCCAAAGGAGAACCUCCACUUGCAGACCUUCAUCCUAUGAGAGUUCUUUUUAUAAUACCUCGAGAAAAUCCACCUCAGUUGGAAGAGCAUUUUUCCCGUCCCUUGAAGGAAUUUGUUUCCUUAUGUUUGAAGAAAGUACCUGCGGAGAGAUCUAGUGCCAAAGAACUUCUCAAGCAUCGUUUGAUAAAAAAUGCUAGGAAGAGUCAGAAGCUUCUGGAGAGAAUUAGAGAGCGCUCAAAGUACCAACUAAAGGAUGAUGGAGAAACCCCCAGAAACUUCUCCGGGGCUAUAGGAGAAGCAUCUGACACUGUGAAGGUGACAAAAGAUUUUAGAGGUGAUGAAACUGUUCGAGCUAGUAAUCCGGGGAAAAUAUUCAAAAGUGCUGGAUGGGACUUCAGCACCGGACCAAAUAGUACAGGUACUGUUCGGAGUUUUGCAAGACCUCCUCAGAUUAGAGAAAGGAAACUUGAACCUUCAUAUAGUAAAGCAAUAUCGAAAACUCCGGAAAGUGGUAAUGCCCUUAAUGAAUCUGGGGAAGCUUUUUAUGGAAAAGACACUAGAGAGUCAUACCAUGAUGAACUUCAAGAUAAUAACAAUGAUGAUGAAAUGUCUCUCAGUGGGUCAGGAACUAUGGUCAUAAGAUCUCCUAGAGGAUCUCAAUCAUCAACAAUGCUUCGCCACUCAAACUCUCUUUCUAGCAGCGCAUAUGCUUCUUUUGAAGAUGCUUCUACCAGUGGAACUAUUGUGCUCCGUGGCCAAGCUGAUGAUCCCGAUUCUCCUCAAACCCCAAGAUCCAGAGCAGGAAUUCAAGACAGAACUUCGAGUGCAUCAGUUGAAGAUAGUGCUUCAAAUCUUGCAGAGGCGAAGGCUGCAAUUCAAGCAGGUUUGAGGAAAGGAAAUGCUAGGGACAGGUCUGGAAGGAGCAAUCUUAGUAAUCCUGGCCAGGAAAACAGAAGAAAAGACCAAAUGAGUAACAGUUCCAAUUCUUCUAGUUCUCAUGAAUUUCUUGAUGCACAAAGUGUAUUUCCAAGAUCAUGCCAACCAAGUGACGAUGAAGAAAAUGCUAAGAUAGCAUUGGUAUCUGUGCCACUAUCAAUGUUACUUAUCCCUUCUCUAAAAGAGGUUUUCUCUGAUGAUUCAGAAGGGUCAGUUGUGCGUGCAGUUACGAAUUCCCUCAUAAAUAUGGAGCGCACAAAGCCUGGGUCUUGUGAAGCUCUUGUUCGCAAGUUGCUUGAACGAUUGGCAAGCUCAAAGGAAUCUUCCAUGAAAGAUAUGCAGGAGCUAGCCGCUCACAAGUUCAAUAAGGGAAAUACUACUCCUGAAGAAACAAAAAAUACAAACCUAGAAACCGACGGUCGAAAGAAGCAGCAGCAUAAAGAACCUCCUUCAAAUUCCAACUUGAGCCCUAUUGCUAGAUUUCUACUUUCUAGAUGGCAAAGCCAAACAUAAAUGGACGUCUCAAACCAACCUGAAGGAAAAUGUGAGAUUUUAUAU